CACAUGCUGUAAAGCUGCACAGAGCUCUGCCUCCCUGAUUUGACUGUUAGCGCUCGGACUUAUAAACAUGACUGGGAAUCAUACAUCCAACACAACACUGACGGACAGUUACUACAGUUAUACUGGGGACGAUUUCACACCCUGCAACAAUAACUAUGUAAGGGACUUCAGCCAAGUCUUCCUCCCAACCCUCUACAGCAUGGUCUUCAUCGUGGGUUUAAUUGGCAAUGGCCUGGUGUUGUGUGUCCUUGCCAAAUACUACCGGAAAUCGAACAUGAUGGAUGUGUGCCUCUUCAAUUUGGCACUGUCUGACCUGCUGUUUCUCAUAUCUCUGCCGUUCUGGGCCCACUACGCUGCCACCAACAUAUGGAUCUUUGGGAAUUCCAUGUGCAAAGCUGUGACCGCAUUUUACAUGCUAGGCUUCUACGGCAGCAUCUUCUUUAUGCUGCUCAUGACGGUGGAUCGUUAUCUUGUAACUGUCCAUGCCCAUACCUCCCUUUUUUUUAAGCGCCAGUCAGUGAGCGUGGGCAUAGCAUUGGUCUUGUUUAUGUGGGCACUCAGCCUGGGCGCUUCUCUCCCAACCAUCAUAUUCUCUCAAGGGAGGAAUGAGUCAAAUGGAUUGUGCAUGCCAGAAUAUCCUAACAACACAUGGAGGUUGGUCAUCUACAUGGAGCUGAACAUCCUUGGCUUGGUCCUCCCCCUCACAGUCAUGGGGUUUUGCUACUCUCAGAUCAUCCCCACCUUGGCUGCUAUGAAGUCUAAGAAGAGGCACAAAGCCAUCAAGCUCAUGCUGGUCCUGAUCAUAGUUUUCUUUCUCUUCUGGACACCCUACAACGUGGUCAUAUUCAUGUACUUUCUUCAUUACUCAGGAUACAUGGAAACCUGCGAAUGGCUGCGUGACCUGGGCCUGGCCAUGCAAUGGACUGAAACCAUUGCCUUCAGUCACUGCUGCCUCAACCCCAUCAUCUACGCCUUUUUGGGGCAGAGGUUCAGGACAUUAGUCAUUAAGACUUUGAAAGAAUGGUUUCCAAUUUGCUUCAGCCGGUGCAGAACACUUAACAGUCAGCUGACAUAUACAAGGAGCUCCACAAAUUCCAUGCAUUCCACAGAAACUACAUUUGUGUAGCUGCAGUGGCCCCUUGUUAAUAUGGCUUAAUCAAAACAGCAACUUUUCUUUCAUUUGUUGACAUCAUUUAACACCUUGAUUCUUAUGCUUAUUAUUCUAGUAUUAAUCAUAAGGCUUUUAAAUACCAUGUAUUCAGUAACCAAUAUAAAACUAUAAGGCAGGGGUAUAUGUUUAUGUCUUUCCAUAAUAUGCUUAUAAACAGUUAUUCAAUAUGUAUAACAAUCUUGAACAAUUCAAAUUACUAUGAUAUUAUAUAAUAGUACUACUAUGUAUGUAUUGCUAGUUAUGUGGACGGAUUUAGCUAAACUUACUUCAACUUUCUUCCAUGGUUGUUUUUAAUGACUGGACUAUUACAAUUUGCAGUGAUGUGGGACUAAUGGCUAGUGUUGCUAUCUGUUUUACAAUAUGCAGGUCCAGUCCAGGCCACACACUUAGAAUGUAUGUAUGUAUAUGUUUUCAGCAAUACAAUACAGUGUUGCAGUUUCAUAGUACCUGCUCUGUGAGGGUCCAUGGAGGUCCUGACCACUGAACAACAGGGUAAAAGGGAGUAACAAAGUAUGCAGAGAAACAGGUGGACUACAGUCUGUAAUUGUAGAACUACAAAGUGCACCUAUAUAGUAAGUGGAGCUGAUAAAAUGGAAAAUGAGUGUAGAAUCAAGGAGAUGGUCAUAAGAAUAACAGGUCAAAGAAGAUAUACAAAUCACUGCUUUCUGUUU